AGCGCGGGAGGGCGGGCUUCUUCGCCAGCCUUGCAGCAGCACCGGGAGCGCACUGGCCUCCUGAGCAGGGCGCAGAGCGCGCAGUCCAGAGCCGGCAGCCGACCGUCGCCUGCCCUCGUGUCCUGGGCGGCUGUCGGGUUCUUGGAGAGUGCAUCCAGCCAUGGAGCCUUUGCACAAAGACUCCGAGACGGCGGCAGCAGCGGCGGCUGUGGCAGCGGCAGAUCCCCGGGGGGCGUCCAGCGGGGUGGUCGUGCAGGUUCGCGAGAAGAAGGGCCCCCUGCGCGCCGCCAUCCCCUGCAUGCCCUUCCCGGUGGCUGUCAUCUGUCUCUUCCUCAACACUUUCGUGCCGGGAUUGGGUACCUUCGUCUCGGCCUUCACCGUGCUGUGUGGGGCUCGCACUGACCUCCCAGACAGGCAUGUGUGCUGCGUCUUCUGGCUGAAUAUCGCUGCGGCCCUAAUUCAGGUGCUCACGGCCAUCGUUAUGGUGGGCUGGAUCAUGAGCAUCUUCUGGGGCAUGGACAUGGUCAUUCUUGCCAUCUCCCAAGGGUACAAGGAUCAGGGUAUCCCACAGCAGCUGUGAGCCUACAGGACCUGCCAGGGAAAUCCAGGGUCCUGCGAGGGCUGCGCCAGGUGGCUUCGGGCACAAGGACCUUCACAUGUUCUCUUCUGCCGUUUCUCAGAUUGGGGUAGAAAGAGAGUAUUUCAAAAAUAUUAUUUAUUUCGAAAAACACACCUGCUUUUCUCAGCAGGCUCUGAGGCCAGCUUCUCUCUCUGCUCCAGAGGCGCAUGGGAGGAACAGGGUCAGAACUUCAGGACUGGGCUAGCGGCGGGAUACUGACCAAGCACCAGGGACGCUGGGCAUGCCCAUCCGACUGCCCGCUGAACAGGCACCCAAGCCUGUCCAGCUGGGCUGCUGUAGGCCUGUUGGGCUGGGCUGCCGCAGGCCCUGAGCAGGUCAUCAGACACUCUCCCAGGCAUUAGGACUUCAUGGAAUACUUCCGCUGGGUCCUCAUCCCCUCAUUCAGUCAUGUGGUUCCUGCAUCUGCUCUGUGGGCUCCUGGGGGGCAGUAUCAGGGUAGAGAUUGUAAGGUGGCCAGGUGGUAGCCCAGCAUGGAAAGGUUCCUGGGUCCCCACAGGUGUCUGAUGACACCCCAGCCUCUUAGUUGCUGGGUGUGCCUGUGUCCUUUGCUUCCCAGAGGCGAGGGUGGCACCGGCUCCACCUCUGCUAGAGUUCCAGAUGUUGAUAUGCAAAAUGACCAGGUUGAGUUGUGAGCGGCUGUAGACCAGCAGCCUCCUUGGAUGUAUUUACUACUGUUUCUGGUCCCCUCUCCUUCUGACAUCCACGUGUUUUCAAAUCCAGAUGGUUUGGUUUGAGGAAGGUGACGGAAUCCAUUCAUUGUUAUUCCCUAACACCCAAGCUGAGUCUGGGCUUCCCACCCGCCGCCAAGCAAGCGGAUAUCUCUAGAGAGACCCGUGCAGAGUCAGCUGUCUUGAGACCCAUGAAGUGUAAAACGGCCUCGCCUGUUCAGGUCUCCUGAGCAAGUCCUGGGGGACAAUGGAGACUCGUCUGCAUAUGAAGCGUGAGAAGAGUGACCUGGAAUUCAUACAUGCUGCAAGAAGAGGCAGUGUGAGGCUGACCCUAUCGGCACGACUUGCGGACCUUGGUGCCCCAUUAAGCAGCAAGCCUGGGAGUGAUGUGCCAAUACAGGGUUAGAUCCUUAAUGGGAGGAGAAACCAACAGAAGGUUUUCGGGCACCAGUCUGAAAUUAAGAGAAGGCGAUCCAGAAUUACAGUGAUGACACGGCUAUUUGUAUCCCUCUUCAUUCCCAUGCUAACGUAGGAAGCGCUAACGUGUGGGACAGGCCCAGAGCUCAGUUCCCAGCCGCACUGGCCUAGAGCCAUCCACGGGUCCCUCUUGGAGAAUCUUUCCCUAUCUAGCCGAGGCUCUGUCACAGCACGGCCAGGGCUAAAGAAAGCUGCCCACUUUCUGCCUUGGUGGAUGGGGGCUCCUGGGAAGCAGCUCCCAUUUCCCUGGGGCUCCAGCCCCCUACCAGACUUCUUAAUUGCAGUCUUUGGGAGCAGACCUCCAAACUGGACAGCCCUUGACACCAUGAAGAGAUGUAAUCUGUGGCGUCCUCACUCCGGGCUCUGACUCUGGACCAGUUUGCCUGUCCUACCCUGUAUUAGUUUCUUCCAGGGCUCUGUGGGAUCAAGUCGCACCCUUGAUCCUGUAUCUUCCAUGUUUACUUCUGUUGCUUCUGUGUGUCUGCAGGCCCUGUCUUGGGCUACCACUCUGGCAGAUCACUGCUCUCAAGGGAGCUACAUCAGGUAGCAAAGCUGUACAGAUAUCCACGACACAGGGAAAUGAAUGGUCGAGCCCUCCCGUGCUGCCAGGCCACAGCCCUUUACUCGCCCCCCCCCCCCCCCAUAACCAGUGAUGACAGCCCUUGGCAAGAGCGGCCCCCAGAGUGAGGGAGAAGUCUAUUUGCCUGGUUUGGACUGGGGGUGGCUACUGGGGGAGUUGAGAAGAGAUAGCAAUUUGUAUCUCUUGUUUAGUGACAUGAGCCAGCCUCGAGUGGGACUUUUCUGAGUGACAAGUGUCACCGUGAAUUCCACUGUGGGAUGGCUUAAUACAGGGGUUUUCAAGCUUGGAAAGUUGUCUCCUUAGCACCCCCCUCUCCAGGUGGCUGAUGUGGGUAGACUUAGGAGCCCUCAGAAUAGUGCUACAAAUAGCAGCCCCCUGGUGAGGCCUAACUUUACCAUAAUUGUUCUCAGACAGUGGACAGGGGCUAAUUCCCUCCACAGUCCAAGCUGACCACUGGAUCUAGGUGACCAGAGUUCAUUUACCACCAGAGAUCUAGGGAGCAAGGCCAUCAAGCCAUAAAGUGCUUAGGGGCCACAGGUCCUUUAGUGACAAAGCCCCUAGAUGGCCUAGCUCAGGGCUCCUGUCCCAACCUUGGGAAAGAAUUCAGAAGCAUAUUCUCUGGCUAUGAGUGCCAGGAGCAGAAAUCACAGGCACACAGAGAGCAUCCUGGUGUGUGAGACAUGGCCAGGACAUCAUGGUCAGUGUGGCCAUUUUUCCCCCCACCCUGGGACCCCGGAACAAGAAUGAGGCACCAGGUAGCCUGAGUGUCCUAGCUUCAUUUUGCCGCUGGGAUAAAAUAUGGGGACAAGAAAGCAACAUGCAGGAGGGAAGGGGAUCUUUCUGCUGCUGGCCUUGAUUUCCUUUUUUGCUUCUGCAUGUGAUACACAGUCUAUCACCGCAGAGUCGGGGAGCAGCUAGCCACACGCCCACAGUCAGCAGCACAGAGAGAGGAGGCAUCCGCGCUGUUUGCUCUUUUCACACCUCAGCUAGUUUUUUGUAAACUUACAAAGCCCAGGUCCAUGAAAUGGUGCCACCCACAGUCAGGGUGGUUGUUAACUUCAACUAACAAUUUCAAUUAACAACUAAGAAUUGCUCAGUUAACAAUUAAGAUAAUCCUCCCCAGACAUGCCCACAGGCCAGUCUGAUCUAAAUAAUUUCUCAUUAGGACAUUUCCAGGGUGAUCUAGAUUUUGUCAAGCUAAAAUCAAGCAGUGGUGUGUAGUGUGUUGUGGAGAUCACGGGGGACCCCGGACUGUGGCCCCCAUGGCAUUAGCCACUCCCAGUUUCAGACUGACCAAACUGCUGCCCUUUCCUGGAUCAACCCUCCAGCAGUACUGGAGAGAAGAGAAGGAUGUGACAGGGACUUGGUCUGCCCCCAGGCCCCAGACCUGCCUCCAGGCCCCAGCAAACAGUCUCCACAGUAGGCCUGGCCCAGGUGUUGCCCAGAGCGGUUCAUCUUAGCUGUUCUUUGAGCCGCCUGCAGGGAGGGGUUUAGUUAAAUGUUCCCGUGGAGAGCAGAGACUCUCCCCCAGACACACACCCCUCAGGAGUCACAGGGAGGGAUAAUGAACCUCUUCAGAAGGCUGGGGUAGUGUUUCCCCCUCUGCCUUCCUGAAUUUUUGACCUCAUCUGCCCUCAAAGCCAUGCCUCCUGGCUUCCACGCACCCCUUAUGGAGGGUGGAAGCCGAUGGCAGCUGGCACAGUUGGUGCUGGGAGCUGCCUGGUUCAUGGGAUCCAGUUCCUACGUUCCCUCAUAGGACCAAGGCUGCACUGAUGCAUGAUAAAAUUGUGGGGUGUAGGAGGCUGGGGGCUGGGGAGCAGAGAGGAGAACUCAGCUAAAGGAGACGCAGAAAAUAAACCACAUGGCUACAGUGUUCCCUAGACAGAAAAGGAUCUAGAUGUUCCAAAGAAAAAUCAUGUGUACAUCUCAAAUGCUGGGCUUAAGGCUAGCACACAGUGGCUGAAACCCAAGACCAGGAAAAUCCCCCCAAAGGUCUAAGGCUCCUGAAAGCAGAAUGAUAGUGGGCCUUUUACCUCAAGAUGCAAAACACACUUACCUUUCUCUAAGCCCUCUUUAGCUGCUCUCUUCCUUGCUGGUCCGGGCGGAUGGCGACCUUCACACAUGCCUCCAGCUUAUGUGAGGUGGGAGCAGGCUUUCCAGUCUUUAGUGAUGUGUAUCACUGUUAGAGACCUGCAUGAAGAAAGCAUGGGCCAUGCUGGGGAGCCAGAAAGGCGGCGCAUUGGCAACCGCUCUCUUCUGGUCUUUCUCACACCGGCUGGAUCAUGUUCUAACUGCAUUGUAGGGGUCAGAGGGGAGCUUUGGGAAACCCCCAACUUCACCAGUCAUGGCUUCCCAGAGGCUGGCCUUCUCUGUGGUUUAUAGAACUAACUGUAGCCACUUGGUCACUUAGUCCCGGGCAGAAGUGUGCCCGAUGCAGACCAAGGUUUCCCCCUAGUGGCGGCAGGAAGCCAGGACACAUCUAUGGGCCUGGGGGUGGGGUCCACUGGCCCUGCUAUGGGGUUCCGCAGUUGGCAAAUGUUCCUUCAGUGCUAAAAAUGCUCAGGUCCUGAGCUCAGAUGAAAGACGCCCUCCAGGCCACACCCCUGCAGUACCCAGCUUCCAUCAGUGACAGCAAAGUGGGAGAGACCCUUUCUUCAAGGACCAGCUGCACGAUAUCUUUCGGGAGAGUUCUGUGCCGAGGUUGUAGGGGACCUGGAGAUGAUCUUGGGCAGCGGCAGGGACAUAGUGCUGUGAAGAGGCCAGCAGAGUGCUGAGGGAAAGGUUCAGAGCUUGCAGUCUUCCUUUUCUUCCUGUCAGCCUUUGAGAGCUUCUGAAUGUUCCUGAGUUCGCGGAGGUGUGAUUUCACUCAGAGCAUGACCUAGCCUCAAUCCCAUGAUGCAUCACGACAGAAUGGAUCCCAAUUAGAGUGGUCCCAAGUACCCUCCAUGUCCACGACAGUAUAGGAAUAAAGCCAGUCCUUCAUUUCCCAACAGUCCUGACAAAGCCAGGGGUUUAGAGAAUGCAGACCCAUCCACCCAGGCGGGGUGGCAUGUGGACCUCACUAUUCCAAAAGGCUGGCAGCCCCAGAGUUGGGAGAGUCGAUUCCUCCUGGCAAAACGAACACUGGUCGGUCCAGCAUGCUCCAACCCCCUUCUACACCCCACCCCGUCCCAGGGCAAGUGACCUUUCCUGGGGAGACCCAGAGAAGUGCCUCUUUGCCCCCAGACAGGUCACCAAAGGUCUAAAGAAAUGAUUCCACCAACGUUAAGUCUGGGACCUAGUGAGUUUAUGGGGUUACUUACUGGAGCAUGGAUGACUCUUGGUAAGCUAUGUCACAGAAGCCCUACCCCAGCAUGGCAGACCACUCAAGAAAGCUGUGUCACCACUGUCCUCAUCCCAAUCAGUCACACGUCCCCAGCCGCAUCCCCUAUGCACACCGGUUCCUCUCUCUUAUGGGGUCUUUGGGUUCAGGAUCCCCACUGCACCAAAUCCAGAUCCACUGAAGUACCGGGGUCCAAGAGUGGUCCGAUGUGGGAGGGGCAAGGAGGGUGCGGUGCCGCCUUCCUGGGGGCCUUUCUCGGGUUUCAGACAGCACUUUGAUUUUCUGAACUUCUCCUGCACUGCCUGUCCCAGCCCAGGAGCGAGCAAGGAAUAGAGGAGGAGGAAAGUUUUGAUCGGGGAGAAGCCAUGAUGGGGCUUGUGACUAACUUCUGCAGGCUUCCAUGGAGCCGAAGCCGGCUGUCCUCACAAGCGGUAUUCCAUGGAGCCGAAGCUGGCCGUCUGCACAGGCACAGCUGAACACUGUCGCACAGGCUCUUUUGUUUUCAGCAACACGUGGAGACCCUGGCUGUAUCACUGAAUUUUGGGCACGUGUUGUGUUGUGAAUUACUGCUUUGGUGUCGCUGUUGGCUUCGUUUGGAUCUCUUGUCUCUGUUAGAUUAACUGCUGUACAUUUUCAUGUUCUCUGACUAGUUCCAGGGCCUUUUUUCCUUACUCACGGGGUGCCCACGUGCCCCAGUCCAGCCAGGGGGGCGGGGCGGCAUUGCCAGCCCAUUCCAAAGAUUGGAGACUACUUGAAAUAGCUCAGCCCUAGGGAAGAUUCCAGACUGCCUGGCUUUGCAAACUGGGGCCCAGAUCUGACUUUGGCUAAAUUUUGCUGGUGUCCUCAGGCUUGACAGGGUGGCUUUGGCGCAGGCUCCCGCAGGGCCCCACAGGAGCAGAGCGGGGCUCCUGCUUCUCCAGCUUCCCAACAGCUUUGAACCCCAGCUUUCCGGUAGUGCUGCUUACAUGUGAUGGAGAAUCUCCCACAGCAACAAAGCCCGUGUACAUAUCUCCAUAUACAUAUGUGUACAUACACACGCGGUCCUGUUAUAAAUACACAAAGCAUGGCUUUUCUUCGGCAUUCUAAUUCUUUUUUUUUUAAUCCUUGGGAAUAUGGUUUUGGAAACAUUGUCUUCCUUUUCCUCUUUUCUAUGUAAUAAACAUUCAUGUGACCUUU